UUGGCCAGGAAGCAGCCGCUUCCCGCACCACAUCGCUCCGGCUGCGGGAGGCUCCCAGCGAACCGGGACGAAGAGCUCCAUGCGGCAGGACCGGGCAUCGCUGGCCCCCGGCGCAGCCCACCACUAACGCCAAGGCCAGGCCUGCAGCACCUCCCUGCACUGACUGGCAGCUGCUGGCAGGGGCUUUGGCUCUGAGCACUGAAGAUGGGCAGAUUCCUGGGUUUCAUCCAUAACCACUGUUUCAUCACACUGCUCCUCAUCUCCUUGAGCCCGCUGAGCCUUGCCCAGUACGAACACUGGCCCUACCUCCCCGGGUACCCUGAGCCACCCCCCCAAGUGUACCAGCCCCCCCCGAGACCAGCAAACGUGCCCAAGAUCCAGCUGCGGCUGGCAGGGCAGAAGAGGAAGCACAACGAGGGCAGGGUGGAAGUGUUCUACAGUGGUGAAUGGGGCACCGUGUGCGACGAUGACUUCUCCAUCCAUGCUGCACACGUGGUCUGCAGGGAGCUGGGCUAUGUGGAGGCUGUGUCUUGGCUACCCAGCUCCAAGUAUGGAAAGGGAGAAGGGAAGAUUUGGAUGGACAAUGUCCACUGUAACGGGAAGGAGCCCACCCUGGCUGCAUGCACUUCAAACGGCUGGGGAGUGACUGACUGCAAACACACCGAGGACGUGGGGGUGGUCUGCAGUGAAAAGAGAAUCCCUGGCUUCAAGUUUGACAACUCCUUGCUUAACCAAAUAGAGAACAUGAACAUCCAGGUGGAGGACAUCCGGAUCCGUCCCAUCCUCGCCACCUACCGCAAGCGGGUGCCGGUCACGGAGGGUUAUGUGGAGGUGAAGGAUGAAGGGACCUGGAAGCAGAUCUGUGACAAGCACUGGACCAUGAAGAAUUCCCGUGUUGUCUGUGGCAUGUUUGGGUUCCCAAGCGAGAGGAAAUACAACACCAAUGUCUACAAGAUGUUUGCCAGCAGGAGGAAGCAGCUUUACUGGGCAUACUCCAUGGACUGCAGUGGGAACGAAGCUCACAUCUCCAGCUGCAAACUGGGCAACCACCUCAAUGUGGAUGUGGAGAAGAACGCCACGUGUGACAAUGGGAUGCCUGCAGUCGUCAGCUGUGUCCCAGGCCGGGCCUUCGCCCCCAGCAGCCACAGUGGCUUCCGAAAAGCCUUCAGGCAGGAGCAACCACUGGUGAGGCUGAAAGGAGGAGCCAACACUGGCGAGGGCCGAGUGGAAGUGCUGAAGAAUGGGGAAUGGGGAACAGUUUGUGAUGACAACUGGAACCUGGUGUCAGCCAGUGUGGUGUGCCGGGAGCUGGGCUUCGGCAGUGCCAAGGAGGCCAUAACAGGAGCCAGGCUUGGGCAAGGCAUGGGUCCAAUCCACCUAAAUGAAAUAGACUGCACUGGCUUUGAGAAGUCAGUCACAGACUGCAAGUUCAACAUGGAGUCCCAGGGCUGUAACCAUGAAGAAGAUGCUGCUGUGAGAUGCAACGUCCCAGCAAUGGGCUUCCAGAAUCAGCUGCGGCUGAGCGGCGGCCGCAACCCCUACGAGGGCCGGGUGGAGGUGCUGGCGGAGCGCAAUGGGACCCUGCGCUGGGGCACAGUGUGCAGCGAGAACUGGAGCACGGUGGAGGCCAUGGUGGUGUGCAGGCAGCUGGGGCUGGGCUUCGCCAGCCAUGCCUUCCAGGAAACCUGGUACUGGCAUGGGGACAUCAGCGCCGACAACGUCGUCAUGAGCGGUGUCAAGUGCUCGGGGACAGAGAUGUCCCUGGCCCACUGCCGGCACGACGGAGCCCACGUCUCCUGCCCCAGAGGAGGAGGUCGCUUCGGGGCCGGAGUCUCCUGCUCAGAGACCGCCCCUGACCUGGUGCUGAAUGCAGAGCUGGUGGAGCAGACGGCGUACCUGGAGGACCGGCCCAUGUUCAUGCUGCAGUGUGCCCUGGAGGAGAGCUGCCUGGCCAGCUCGGCCGCCAACACCUCCAUCGCCUCGGGCUACCGCCGGCUCCUGCGCUUCUCCUCCCAGAUCCACAACAACGGCCAGUCCGACUUCCGACCCAAGAACGGGCGCCACGCAUGGGUCUGGCAUGACUGCCACCGGCAUUACCACAGCAUGGAGGUGUUCACCCACUAUGAUCUGCUUAACCUCAAUGGAACCAAGGUGGCUGAAGGGCACAAAGCCAGCUUCUGUCUGGAAGACACCGAAUGUGAAGCAGAUGUGCAGAAACAGUAUGAAUGUGCCAACUUUGGGGAGCAAGGCAUCACCGUGGGGUGCUGGGACGUGUAUCGGCACGACAUCGACUGCCAGUGGAUCGACAUCACCGACAUCCCACCAGGGGAUUACCUCUUCCAGGUUGUCAUCAACCCGAACUAUGAGGUUGCUGAAUCAGAUUACUCGAACAACGUGAUGAAAUGCAGGAGCCGCUAUGAUGGGCAGCGCAUCUGGAUGUACAACUGCCACAUAGGUGGCUCUUUCAGCGAUGAGACAGAGCAGAAGUUUGAUCACUUCAGUGGACUCACAAACAACAAGGUGUCCACCCGAUAGACGGGCAGCGCCUCCCACCCCACUAUUUAAAGAAGCCAGGUUUCCCAAACCACUGCACACACACACGAAUCAAGCAAACAAUCAAACUCUGCAUUAGCAAGGUAAAUUAUUUCCUACAGAUGCCUUCCUCCCCGGGUUUAGGUGCUCAGACCACCACGUGCCUCCUGUAACUACCCCAGGUAGUUGGGAGCAGGCUGUUAGACUCGGCUCCGUAUCUUCACCAUUCCAAGCUUCGCCACAAAGACUUCUCCCUCCACUUUGCAGCACCAUCUUUAUUCAGAGACAUAGGUCCAGGCUGCAGCAAGCACCAAUUGGCUUUAGGUGCCAACUACCUAAAUAUGUCUUUACCAUUCAUUUUCCUCAAGGCAUUAAUCUUGGUAUCUUUAAGCUCUUUGACUCAAGCUUGAACACUGUUGGCGCAAAGGCCUCCCCUGGCGACACUGCUUCUUGACUGAUCCUCAGUGCUCCCAUGAGAGGCCUUCUUCAUUUUAGCAAAGAAAUACAGGAAAGGAAAGAAAUGGAGCAGCUUUUCUGAGCAGAACAGUGUAAAGCAUCAUUUAAUACUGCAGUGAAACUCUUGUAUUCAACAAUCAACUCCCAACACAGUCUCGUAAGUGGAGCAGCUAAUGCAGAACGGUCCUUCUGCAAGUGGAUCAGGGCUCCAUGAAGCUACACAUCCCUUGGAACAUCUCCAAGACUCUGCAGACCCAACGAUGAGGCCGCUGGACACAAUUUCCAUUACACAGUAAGCUUUUCACCCCAUAGAUUCUACAUACAUCUGAAUAUUACCUUCUAAGCUGGAUAUUCACUCUGUUCUUUAAAGGAUGCGUUUAGUUAAGGCAUUGUAUCAUCACUACCUUACAGAGGUAACUUCAUGGCUUUUCUCAUCAGGGAUCUGGACCUGUGCUGUCACAGACCCACCUGUGUAAGUUGACUUUAAAGGAUUUGAACACUUGGUAAAUUCACAAUGGUGCUAAGUGUGUUCCUCUGUUUGUUUGAGGCCACACGUUGCUACAGAUCUGCAGACACAGCUACUUGAAUAAAAGCCUUUUACCCAGAACAUGUUUUACAUGCCAUUUGUCUAUUUCUACUCCAUGAAAGUUUAGGGACUUGGUCACAAUUCCUGGGACUGAAGAUUUUUCUCUAUACAUACAAAAAAAACUUCUCUAAGUAACUGAAUACUUAAAGCUGCCCUUUUCAAUCCACAGGGGAAUUGAAACUGGCUGCAUCCAACUUGUGCUCCCCAAAACCUACCUCACAGGGAUGUUGUGAGGCUUAAAGAAUGCAGAAGGACUUUUGCUAAUGCCUGUCAAGAGUAUUUCUGUCAUUUAUUUAUCCAGUGGCCCAGAUGGUGGCAUCCAGCCUACUGUAAGUUGGAAAACUCCAUUUUGUUCUCAAGGUGCUGGACUGUGUAGCAAAAGCAGAGCCUGAGCUGUGUUGGAUGCCCUACUGCUGCUGCCACAAGGUGUCUCACAGCAUCUCCUACCACCAGGCUCUGGGAACAUCAAAACUGUCAAGUUCUGGCUUCCUAAUCAGUGUAUAACUUGACUUGCUACCAGUGCAAGGCAGCAAGCACAGGCUCUCUACACACCAUGUAAAUAAGGAAAUCCCUGAACCUCACUUGCAUUCAACGCUUGUCAUUUUGAUGGGAUACUAUUUGAACAAUAACAUUAGAACAAAGUGUAAACAUUAAACAGCUUUUUCUGACCCCUGCAGAUGCUCUGCUCUUGCUUACAGCUCAGUUUUGGCCAACAAGAUACAACUCCCUUCACCUAAUGCUGCUUUUUAAGUACAGAGCAGGCUUUACUGUAAGCAGACUCCCUUUCUGCAAGUGGCCCAGUGUUAACAGACCCUUUGAAUCUGAGUUCAGCAGCAUGCUCUCCAUAACAAAGAGCUAACAAAACCCCCACAGGGUUUGGCUUCAAGUGCAAGAUCUCACUAAUAGUAAACCUUUCCCCUUCCCAACCUCAGAAACGAUGGUGCUAGUCCAUAAGAGAACACCCCCCAUGGUAACUCACUGUUCUGCAUGCAGUUUAAUAUCACAGCCAUGCUCUUCUAUACAGCUAUUUGUUUUAGCUGAGAUGGUUUAUUCCUCCUGGUCCAAGCUCUCUGGCAGGAGCAGGUCGGUGCCUGAGCCCUCCUGCUGCUUGUGCUUCAAGCCCAAGGCACGGGUCACCAGCCGCUUGGCCACCGCCGUGUCCGUCUGGGGUCUCUCUUUUGCCAAGUGAAGGAGCUCUAGGUACAAAAGGGUGAGAAACCAUCAAGUUAGUGCUUGUUCAGGAACAGGCUGGGGGCUAACCCAGGGGCCUGGCAGACAGAAGGGCUGAUGUCCAUUUCCUUUGUUCCGUUACACAUUUAGCCCAGGAGCAUGAGCAACCAUUCUAGGCAUAGCCAGUAAAUUGCCUUUCCUUUUAGCAAAUACCCCUCCUGCUUUAUACAGUCCAACCAAACAGAACCAAGUUUCUCCACACUUGGGGAUGUGUGAGCUCAAUUUAGACCAAGCAAACCAGCAGAAAGCACCAAGGGAAGAAAAAUCUGCAUUUCUUAAAGACGACCUGGCUACAGCAGAUGCUUUGGGAAAGCCCUUGGCCACUAACUCCCAGUUACUGGUAGACGCGUGGCUUGCUCCAGUCUCACCUGACAAGAAAUUAAUACAUCAAACCUUUGCCCAAGGCCAAAAUCUCAUGAUUUCCUACUCAUUUAUUAGCAACUGGGUGCAAAUCUAUUAUCCAAGUCAGUAAUGAGGCGUGGCUUUCUCAGAGGGUUUCUUAGUAAAAGCAACAGGGGUAACUCCAAGCUUGGGAAAUAAACCUGCCACUCUUUCUUAACAGGAACAAAGCAAAACACUAAAGAUAAGAGACACUGUCAGCUAAAGAGCCAAAUCUGUGUUUGGAAAAUAACUGCUAUUGAAAUUGAACCCAAGAGUUUAUAGAUGAUGUUCCCCAGGAGGAGUUUAUAACCUGAUUCAGAAGUGCUCCAGCACCAAGAAUCAGUAAGAUGGAGUGAAAAGAGAUGCUGGGGAGUGUGUAAACCCAAAUUGCAUCCUUUGAUGUGCCAUUGAAAUCUACCAGUCUUUAAAACUCAGGAAAUUCCAACUGUGACAGUGUCCCUUGAACCCAUUCAUACAGAAACUUGUUUAACUGCAGUGUACUGGAGAAGUAACAGCAUCAUUGUACCUUCAGCAAAGUCUCUGCUGCUACCAGGUUCAUGGCAUUUCUUUACUGUGGCAAGUAUAACUGAUUACAAUAUGAUUUUAAAAGGCAAUAAAAGAAAUAAACCAA